CAGCCUGUGGUUUCCCGUACCUGUGGUAUCUCUCGCUCACAAGGGCUUCUCGGGCAGGACUCUCUAAAACCCUCGUCAACAUGGGGCGCCGACCGGCUCGUUGCUACCGCUUCCAAAAGAACAAGCCGUUCAUCAAAUCGCGGUACUGCCGCGGUGUGCCCGACCCGAAGAUUCGCAUCUACGAAGUCGGAAACAAGAAGGCGUCGGUCGAUGACUUCCCGAUGGUCGUCCACUUGGUCUCUGACGAGAAGGAGCAGCUGACCUCGGAGGCUCUCGAGGCCGCCCGCGUGUCGGCGAACAAGUACAUGGCCAAGUUCGCCGGGAAGGACAACUUCCACAUGCGCAUCCGCGCCCACCCUUUCCACGUGCUGCGCAUCAACAAGAUGCUUUCGUGCGCCGGUGCUGAUAGGCUUCAGACCGGUAUGCGCCACGCGUACGGAAAGCCGCAGGGCACAACCGCGCGUGUCGCCAUUGGACAGAUCAUCAUCUCCAUCCGGUCCAAGGACAACCACCGUCCCACGGCGGUGGAGGCACUCCGGCGUGCGAAGUUCAAGUUCCCCGGCCGCCAGAAGAUCCUCCAGUCCAACAAGUGGGGUUUCACCAAGUACCCCAGGGAGGAGUACGUGCGGGGUCGCAAGGAGGGCUGGCUGCAGAAGGACGGCAACUCCGUCAAGUACAUCGCCCAGCACGGCCCCCUCGCCAAGGCUAUCCUCUAGAGGCCUUUUUCCGUCUCGCGUGACUCGCCUCUUGUCCCGGCCCUGGAGAGUGUCGAGAAUCGGAUGAUGGGAAGAAGCUUUGCCCUUGCGUUGCUGCAAUGAGCGGUGGUAGUUGUUGCGGAUGUAGCCACACGGGAGCUGGCGUUGACUCGUGUGUCGCGCUGGUCUUUUCGUGUCUCUGGAUUUUUUUUCAACGGUGCCUUCCUCUGUUUGUUUGCUGUCUUGACGACUUUUUGAGAACCUUGUGUUUAGUUUCUCUUCUGAUUUCGGGGGGGAGGUCUAGAUAAUGACCGUUUCUUACCCUUCAUGGCGUAUAGAGACUGAGGAGUUGAGAUCGAUCAACGUCGAAGGAGAGACGUAUCCACGGGCGGUGUAGUAGGAUUCCGCUUUCCAGCGGCUUUGACGAGAAUUUCUCUCAAGUUGGCGUUUUCGGAGGACAGGGGGGGCUUGAAACCACACGACUUUGUAGCAGCGCACGGCGGAGGUUUCUUUUUGCCGCGUUAACGACGAGCUUUUGCCCAAAACAACUCUUCAACACUUCC